AUGGUUUCCGAGAAGCGCCAGCUACUAUUCGGACUUUCGACGUCCACCACAGACCCGCUCACAUGGAGUCGUUUACAAAAAGAGCUUCUAUUCGCUACUAUUAUCUUUGGCUCCUGCGCGACUGGAUCUCUAGGCCCGCUCUUAGUCCCGGCUUUUCUAUCCGUGGCCGCAGAUCUCCAAGUGAGCCUGACCAAUAUCACACUGCUUAACGGAAGCCUGGUUAUGGCUCUGGGGAUCAGUGCCUAUGUCUGCUCUUGCUCAGCCCGGUGCUUUGGAAAGCGACCUGUUUACCUCUUCACGACGAUUUUGGUGGUCGCCGCGUGCUGUUGGGCUGCAGCAUCCAAGUCUUAUGUCUCGCUUCUUGCAUCCCGUGUAUUUCAAGGACUGGGCAUGGGUGGAUUCUUUGCCCUCGCUGGUACAGCUUCAUUGAAUGAUAUCUACAACGUGGAUGAGCGCGGCUGGCGUGUUGGUCUGUGGAACUUUGCUGUUAUAGUUUCAGUCAACCUCACGCCCGUCAUCAGCGGCAAUGUGAUUUCCGCACUCUCUUGGCGCUGGGCCUUCUGGCUCCAGGCGAUCCAGUUCGGCGUCCUUCUUGGGGCCGUGAUCUGCUUCUUCCCCGAGACCACAUUCGAACGUGAGAUCUCCGGAACUCGCCCUACCACUGCCGACCCAGAAAAGCCUUUGGAUGAUAGCACUUUGAAAAGCUCGAGCCUCGACGCCGAAGAAAAGAGUGACCUGCCGGCUUUGACCAGCGCCAGCGUUAAGUCUGUCACUUUCGAACGCAAACGCAAUGACCUUCUUCUUGCCUUUCUCGAGCCCCUUGCGAUCUUGAUCGACCCUAUCGUUGUCUGGGGCUGCAUCAUGUGGUCGAUAACCUUUACCUGGACCAUCCUCAUCGGCGCUGUCGCAUCGCAGAUCUUCACUGCACCACCCUACAACAUGUCCACAGUCGCCGUCGGCAACCUCACCGGUAUUGCACCUUUGAUCGGUUCAGCGCUGGGUACUUUGAUUAGCGGCCUGCUGUGUGAUCUCAGCAGCAAUUUCAUGGCCACCAGGAAUGGCGGCACAUACGAACCCGAGUUCCGUCUACCGGUCAUGCUUCCAGCGACACUUGCCAUGGCCGUGGGUGCAUUUGGGUUGGGCGCUGCGACGCAUUAUGGGCUCUCUGCUGUGGUAUGCGGAGUGUUUAUGGCAAUUUUGAAUUUCGCUGUGGGUAUGGGAUGUACAGGAAUCGUGGCUUACACGAAUGAUGCUUGCGGGCAGCGGGCAGGAGAUUGUUUUGGGUUGGCGAUGGUUGCCAAAAGUGCUUUUGCAUUCGGGCUAUCGUUCGUUUUUAAUGAUUUUGUUGUGAGGAGUGGGACAUUGAAAUUCUUUUCGACUUUUGGCGCGGUGAGUGUCGCCAUCAUGCUCACUUCUAUUCCGCUAUUUAUGUGGGGCAAGCAGAUUCGAGCUUGGUCAGAUGGGCACGAUUUGCUUCGACGCAGGGCGUGA